UGAUAUGGUAUUGUGAAGAAAGAUAAAAUUAAAGAGUAAUGGAAGUUGUUAAGGGAACAGUGUGUGUGACGGGAGGCACUGGGUUCAUACCUUCGUGGCUGAUCAAAAGGCUAUUAGAAGAGGGUUAUUUCGUUCGUACCACUGUUAGACCUAAUCCAGGUAACAAAAGAGACCUUAGUUUCCUCACCAAUAUAGUAGAUCUUAAUGAUCCCGAUAGGUUCAAUACGGCCAUUGAGGGGAGCAAAGGAGUGUUCCAUAUUGCCACUCCUGUCGAUUACGAGUACAAAGAGUCUGAGGAAAUCAUAACUGAAAGGGAAAUCAGUGGAACACUAUGCAUCUUGAAGGCUUGCUUGAAAUCAGAAACAGUGAAGAGAGUUGUCUAUACUUCUAGUGCAUCAACCGUUGUACACAGCGGCCAGGAUUCGGACAUGGUGGAUGAGAGUUUCUGGUCUGAUGUGGAUUUCUUUAGAGAAAAAGAAACCCCAAGCUUUCUUUCUUACUCGAUUUUCAAGACAUAG